AUGUCGUCCACUCAGAACUAUGUCACGGAGAAGCAGCUUGUUGGGGUGGGAUAUGCCAUGAUUGGGGUCACCAGUAUCGUCUUCGGCGCGAGAACGUUGAUCAGAGUCAAUCAACCGAAAAGAUUACAGGCAGACGACCUCUUCCUCCUGCUGGCCUAUCUCUGCUUCCUCACGUUGAGUAUACUGUACAUCGUCCUUGCUCCGACCAUGUACCGUGUCACCGAUGCCUCCUCGGGACUCACGCCGAUAUACCCGGAAAUCUUGUCGGACUCUUUAUUCAUGAUCAAGAUCUUCUUCGCCAACACUAUGAUUUUCUGGUUCGCGCUGUAUGCCGUCAAAUUCUCCUUCCUCUCGCUGUACCGACGGCUCAUGAAGGGCCUUCGCGUGUACAUGCAGCUUUGGUGGGCGGUCGUGGCGUUCUGCGUCUUGACAUUGAUAGGUUGUGUGAUUUCCAAUUUCACCAGCUGUCACAGCAUGCACGCGUGGUUUACUCCCGGCGAGUGUUCUGAACGGCGGGACGUCCGCGCUCAAAUAGCCUCCUUAUACUAUGCCUACGCGGUAGAUGUUAUCUCGGAUCUUUUCAUCAUGUUCCUGCCCCUACGUCUGAUCUGGAAUCUUCAACGGCCCACGUCCCAGAAAGUCGGGAUUGGAGGUCUCUUCUGCGUCGGUUGGGUCUGCAUUACCUUCGCCACCAUUCGCGUGGUCCAAAUCGGCGUCAAGGCGAAUAACAGUUCGACGCCGUCCUCAUCAUGGCUCGCCCUCUGGGCUAUCGUCGAAACUGCCGUCACUGUCGUCGUCGGGUGCUGUCCCGGCCUAUAUUCGAAAGCCAAAGAAGUCCACUCAACGCGCAAGACGUCAUCCAAGAGGAGCGGGUUGCCCCAAAACUACUACCACGGGAGCCGUGGGUACGAGAAACAGGGGACCGGUGCAGAGGAUGACGGCAAGAUGGACUUUGAAACCAUGGUAUCUGGGAACGGGCGGUCGUACCACGCCGUCACGACUGGUGGCACGCAUCAGAGUAUCGAGAUGAAGAACAUGCCCAUCAAAGCUGCCAGCUCACAGAGCACCCAACGGGGAGAAGGCACCAAUGGCACCUUCUGGGAGGGCGACGAGACGUCCAGUCAGGAAGAGUUAAAUGGACACAAGCACAUCUAUGUGACGAACAGCAUCGAGAUCAAGGAUGAGGACGAGUCGAUUCGUGAAAGUAGCCGGAAGGAUGUCGACUUUGCGAAGAGCGUUGUCUGA